CUCCCUUCCCCGCCCCCGGCCCUCCUCCUGGGCGGUGCUUGUCGCCAGCCUCCGCGCCAGUCGCUGACAGCUCCGGCACUGCGAGCUUCUCCUCUCGGGAGAAGGCAGGAUUCCUGAGUAUAUUCGAAAACUGAGCCAUUUCCACCACGCCGAGGCAUUUUGUCUUCUCAGAGACACAACUCCAGCUCAGCUGAACCACGACAGAUCUAAGUCAUCAUGGUGAAAAGCCACAUCGGCGGCUGGAUCCUGGUUCUCUUUGUGGCCACAUGGAGUGACGUGGGCCUCUGCAAGAAGCGGCCGAAGCCUGGAGGAGGCUGGAACACCGGGGGAAGCCGAUACCCAGGGCAGGGCAGUCCUGGAGGCAACCGCUACCCACCCCAGGGCGGAGGCGGCUGGGGUCAGCCCCACGGUGGCGGCUGGGGACAGCCCCACGGUGGCGGCUGGGGUCAGCCCCACGGUGGCGGCUGGGGACAGCCGCACGGUGGUGGCGGCUGGGGUCAAGGUGGUGGCAGCCACAGUCAGUGGGGCAAGCCCAAUAAGCCCAAAACCAACAUGAAGCACAUGGCAGGAGCCGCGGCAGCCGGGGCGGUAGUGGGGGGCCUGGGUGGCUACAUGCUGGGGAGUGCCAUGAGCAGGCCCCUCAUUCAUUUCGGCAACGACUAUGAGGACCGUUACUAUCGUGAGAACAUGCACCGCUACCCCAACCAAGUGUACUACAAGCCGGUGGAUCAGUACAGCAGCCAGAACAACUUCGUGCACGACUGCGUCAACAUCACGGUCAAGCAGCACACGGUGACCACCACCACCAAGGGGGAGAACUUCACGGAGACCGACAUGAAGAUCAUGGAGCGCGUAGUGGAGCAGAUGUGUGUCAGCCAGUACCAGAGAGAGUCCGAGGCUUACUACCAAAGAGGGGCGAGUGCCAUCCUCUUCUCCCCGCCGCCUGUGAUCCUCCUCAUCUCGCUGCUCAUUCUCCUGGUAGUGGGAUGAGGAGAGUGAGCAUCCCGUCCUCUCCAACGUCUUCAUCUUUUACAGGUUGGGGGAGGGGGUGUCUACCUACAGCCCUUUAGUGGUGGUGUCUCAUUCCUGCUUCUCUCUUUAUCACCCAUAGGCUAAUACCCUUGGCCCCGAUAGCCCUGGGAAACGUGGAGCAGACCCAGGAUGCUAUUUAUUGGAGCCCCCGUGUGAUUGAAUCUUUCAGGGGCCCAUGCUAGCGCUGGGCUGGGAAUAACAGCAGUUGACCUAGGGCUUAUUUUUAUUUUAUUUUAUUUUAUUUUAUUUUUUGUCUAGUGCAGCAGGUUGAGGCCAAAACAAUUCUCAAAACAGUCUUCAAAUACCUUUGCCUGAAAACCUCUGGCUCCUUCCCCAGCUAGAGCUCAGUACACUAAUGCCCCAUCUUAACCGUGAUUUCAUAGCAACUUGGGGAAAUUUUUCUCAUCCGUUCUAAAAGAACCCGAUCACAUUUUCCUGUGCAAAGAGCAUUUCUGCCAAAUUUAAAAGGAGGCCACAUGAUACUCAUUCAAAAAGCGAAACUAGAAAUCCCUUGCUCUUGGACCCCGGGUCAGCCCACCAGAGAGCAGAGAACUGGGACGAUGGUUUGCAUUCUGCGGUGUGGGCCACACAGCAGCCAGAACAUCAAGCGUAAAUAGUCAUGCGACACUAGACCUCGGCAGAGGAUGUUUUCACAGGGAAUGAACAUAACCAACAGUGCGAAAAUGCUAAAAAAAAUCCCACACUUGGGAGUGGUGCCCUUCGAGGCAAGCUCCCAUUUGGGACAUGUAAAGCACCUACAUGUGACAUUCCUUUCUUUCAUAAUCUAAACUCUAGAUAAUUAAGGCAGUAAAAAAUUGAACUGCCUUCCGGGCACUGAGAGCAAAUCUUUGUUCAUUUAUCUGUAAACCAGAAUGAUUUUGACACAGGAAGGUGCAGCUGUUAAAAUAACCAACAUCCUAGAGGAUUGCGUAAUGGAGAAAAUGAUUAGUAGACAAAGAAAAAUGAUUGCAUUUCUUCAUUGCUGUCUCAUAAUUGUCAAAAACCAGAAUUAUGUCAAGUCCUAGUUUCUAUAAUCGGUUUUUGAAUCAAAGAAUGGAAGGCCAUCCAAAAAAAUAUCUUAGGUCGGACAUGACAGAAAUAUCCAUUCAGGGUGGAAAAAAGGAAUUCUGUUAACUGUUAUUUAAGUAAGGUGAAAUUAUUGUCUGGAUUGUUCAAUAUUGUCACCUAGCAGAUAAAUUAGCAUUCUGCAAUGUUCCUGGCUUGCACUGUGCGGGUAUUUGAUGUAAAAAAAAAAAGAGUUAUUAUAUAUAUAUAUAUUGUGUAUGACAGACUUAGAAAUUUUGGUUAAAGGAGUUAACAUCGGAUAUAUCUAAUGCACAACAGGUUUUGUAAGGUACUAAAUACUUAAUAUGUAGAAAACCCUUUUGCGUGGUCCUCAGGCUUACAUGUGCACUGAAUAGUUUUGUAUGAUAGAUCCAUCGUGGUCUUCGAAAUAUGCAUGUACUUUAUAUUUUCUAUAUUUGUAACUUUGCAUGUACUUGUAUAAAAAAAAUGUAUACAUGUUCGAAAUCUUGACUAGAAUUAAACAGAAGCUAAGUGAGUGUG